AGGCCUUGCACGGAUUUCUCCCUCCUAUCUCAGGGAUCAUCCCAUCCCAACUAGAGCAGCAGAGAAAUUCGCUAGUGGGGAAUUCGAGAAUUUGAGCUUCUUGGAAUUGAGUUUCAACAGCCGCAAGCAAGCCAUAUCCCAGCGCUCUCCGCAUCUUCCGUCAUGCUCCCCACGUCAGCACUUAUCCUCCCGUCUCCCAACGCCGCCUCUGCUCUUCUGACGGCGCGCUUUGCUUGUUCUGAGACCGCCGUCACACACCGUCGCCUCGUUUCGGCUCGCAGCCAUCCCGUCUCUCGCUGCUGCGUCCCAGACAAGGGUCAUUCCACCUUUGUCACGUCCGGUCGUCCUCUCGCUAGAUCCGUAUUCAAGAAUUCGGAAUCAGCAACUGCGCGUCACCGGAAAAUUGCGAAUUCUACCUGCCGAGCAGCCAGUUCGCCAAGUGAAGUCACCAUGACUGGUGCAAAUGCAGCUGACGCCGAUGCUUCCUCUGGAGCAGCAUCCCCCGGCCUCGUCGUGUGCUUCGGCGAGAUGCUCAUCGAUUUCGUCCCCACCGUCAACGGCGUCUCUCUCGCCGAAGCACCCGCUUUCAUGAAAGCUCCUGGCGGCGCGCCUGCCAACGUGGCGGUCGGCAUCGCACGGCUCGGCGGACGCGCGGCUUUCAUGGGGAAGGUCGGCGAGGACGAGUUCGGCCACAUGCUGGGCGGGAUUCUAAAAACGAACGGCGUUGACACGUCAGCGCUCAGAUUCGACUCCGGAGCGCGCACGGCCCUCGCUUUUGUCACACUCAGAUCGGACGGCGAGCGGGAGUUCAUGUUCUACAGGAACCCCAGCGCCGACAUGCUGCUACAGCCGGAGGAGCUGGAUCUCCCCCUCGCUACAAGCGCGUCCGUGCUGCACUACGGAUCCAUCAGUUUAAUCACAGAUCCGUGCAAGUCCGCGCAUCUGGCUCUGUUGGACGCUAUCGAAAGCAGCAGCAGCUCCGGCAGCAGCAGCAGCACUAUUCUCUCGUACGACCCUAAUCUCCGGAUUCCCCUCUGGCCGUCCCAGGAAGCGGCGCGGGAUGGCAUCUUGAGCAUCUGGGAUCGCGCGCACAUGAUCAAAGUGAGCGACGAGGAGGUGGCGUUUCUGACCAAUGGCGGCGACCCAUACAGCGAUGACGUGUCGCGAUCCCUGUUCAAUCUCAGCCACAAAAACAGCAGCAGCAGCAGCGGUGAAGGGAAGGGGAAGCUGCGGCUCUUGCUGGUAACAGAGGGAGAGAAAGGAUGCAGGUACUACACAGAGCACUAUCAGGGAAGAGUGGACGGGUUCAGUGUUGCUGCUAUCGACACCACUGGCGCUGGGGACGCCUUUGUUGCGGGGAUCCUCCGCAAGGUGGCAGCAGCAGGCAGUAGUAGUACCAGUGGCGGCAGUGGUGGCAGUGGUAGUAGUGCCAGUGCCAGUGCCAGUGGUGGGGAUGCCAAGGCCCUGCAUGGUCUGGCGGCCUUGGAGUGGCUGCUGGCGGACGAGGGGAAGCUGAGGGAAGCGCUGAGGUUUGCCAAUGCGUGUGGGGCGAUCACCACCACGGUGAGAGGCGCCAUUCCUGCCCUCCCUGAUGAGACCACGGUGGCUCAGAUGCUGGGCUGAAGGCUGAAGGUGGUUCUUAGUCGACUCGGCAUCAGCCGCAUGUGGGGCCAUCACCACCACAGCGAGAGGCACCAUUCCUGCUCUCCCUGAUGAGACCAUGGUGGCUCAGAUGCUCGGCUGAAAGUGGACGGCUGUUGCCUUGUGCACAUUGUGCGUGUAGUGAUUGUGAAAGCUUGCUUGGGUCACCUUGGCAAAGGCAGCGUGCUUCAUUUCAUAUGGGCUACAGUACAUGGAUCCACAUAGACUCCUCGUCGAAGUGGAUGUCGUUCCACUGGAUGGAGACGAGGUCGGAGUAGCGGAGGAAUGCCGCGAACAUGAGGAGUGGGAUCAGUCCUUUCUGAUAUUCUGCCGGGCUGCUCGACUCAAGGAAGGGGUGUGCCAUGGCGUGCACCUGGUGGAGCGACAAGGGUUCCUUCGUCCUGGUGGUGCACGGGCCGUGGCGUUUGGAGAAUUCACGAACUUGUGAAGUGAAAGGCCCGCUAGUGGGAGAGGGUUCUCCGGUCAUCGGAUGUGCAAAUGCGACGGCGGAGCACGUAAGGGAUAUGGCGGAUACUGUGGCCUGAUUGUUGA